GUCAUGGAGAAGGCGCUGGAAAUGGCCGAAGGCAUCCAAGUGACCGGCGCGCCUGUCCGUACCACGAGAGAUGAACUGGUUGCCAAGGUGAAGAAAAGAGGCAUAUCAAGUAGCAAUGAAGGGGUAGAGGAGCCCUCCAAGAAGCGAGCAGUUGAGAAAAGCAGAGAUUCUAAGGAUACUGGAAAAGAUGUGAAAACAACCAAGGCAGAAACCCCAAGGGAAAUUGAGAGCACAUUGCCAAAAAAGCAGGAAAAAGAUACUCGUAAAGAUCCAGAAAGCUCCCGGUCAACUCGCAGCUCAAAUCAAGAAAUGGUCACAGCAUCAGUCGUAGAAACAGAUGGAAAACCUUCUAAGGCUGAAAAUAGCACAGAGCAAAAUCCAUCUUCAUCUGAAAAAGAGGCAGGAGAGAAGCCUUGCACAAAUCCACCUAAGGAAAGCAAGUGUGAAAAUGUGCCAUCACCUGAAAAGAAAACUACAGCAGCAGCAGUGGCAGCAGUGGUGCCACCGACUACCAAGAGCACCCCGCAGGCAGCAGCAGUACCACCGACCACCAAAAGCACCCCUCAGGCCGCAACAGUUCCGUCAGCUGCCAAGAGCACCCCACAAACAAGCGCUGCAUUGCUGUCUUCCAAAAACCAAGCGAGUGCCCCGGCAUCUGUGUCCAAGAGCAGCACUCAGGUGGGCAGCUCACUGCUUUUGGCACCCAAGAGCAGCACUCAGGCAGGCACGUCACUGCUGCUGGCCUCCAAAGGCACUGCUAAGGCAGGGUCCUCGCUCCUGGCCUCUAAGAGCAGCGCUGAGGUGGCUGCUUCAUUGCUGGCUGCUCGGAGCGGUGCUCAGCCGGGGUCCUCGUUGCUGACUUCCAAGAGCAGCGCUCAGGUGGCUGCUUCGCUGCUGGCUGCUCGGAGCGGUGCUCAGCAAGGUCCCUCGUCACUGGGCUCCCGGGGUGGUGCUCAGGCAGGUGCUUCCCUCCUGGCCUCCAAGGGUGGCACACAGGCAGGUGCUCCACAGCUUGCCUCCAGGAGUGGCUCGCAGGCCGGUGAAAGCCCUGCUAAGGCUUUGUGCAAACCAUUAACCAGCGAAGAUGCAAAGGAAAGGCAGCCUUUCUUCAACAGACUGUACAAAGCUGUAGCCUGGAAACUCGUUGCUGUUGGAGGCUUCAGUCCAAACGUAAAUCACGCAGAACUUCUAAACUCAUCUAUUCAGUCUGUAAAAGCUACGUUAGAUGUUGCUUUUGUUCCCCUGAAGGAGCUUGCAGAUUUGCCUCAAAAUAAGAGCUCUCUCGAAAAUAUAGUUUGCGAACUGAGGUGUAAGUCUGUCUACUUGGGUACUGGCUGUGGUAAAAGUAUGGAAAAUGCCAAAGCAGUUGCUUCAAGAGAAGCUUUGAAAUUAUUCCUCAAGAAGAAGGUUAUUGUGAAGAUAUGUAAAAGAAAAUACAAAGGUAGUGAAAUUGAAGAUUUGGUACUUCUGGAUGAAGAAUCAAAACCUUCAAAUUUACCUCCAGCUUUAAGAAAUCCUCGUGAGAUCUUGUAGGGAAGAAUCGCUGUUUGUACCAUGUAUAGUAUUUCAACACAAGGACUGAAGGUUAAUUUUGUACUUUAAAA